AAACGCGGACACUACCUGGACUUGCCCCGUCUCUUUUUAUAGUUAUUAUUUUGUGUUGUAUCAGAUUGAGAGUCAGGACGGGACAGCACUGAGCCUCCACCUCCGAGAUCAGACUGGACCGUGCGUAACAGGGGCGCCAUAUGGAUGGGGCUGGUCACCUUUGAGCGCACCACUCCAGACGCACGGGACUGCUGCUUGGCCGAAGCCGCGGAGAGGACUCAGAGGACGCAGGGAUGAUGAGGGACUGCGGCGCACCGGCUGUGGAGCGGCUCGGGCUGGAGGACGUGGCCGAGGAGGAGGACGCGCUGACCGGGGAGAGUUCUUCCAUGAGCGCCCUGAAGCCCGGAAGCUACUGUCAGGUGGGAAGAAGCGCGGAGAUGAGUAGAGAGUGGGAGGAUCGGCACAAACCUGGCACCCCUCUAUCCCAAACGGAGGCUGAUUUUAUUUACUUCAGGAAACAGUCAUCUUACAGGAAAGCCAUAGCCAAAUCAGGUCUCCGCCAGCUGCCCUCUGACCCCUGCACCUCCUCCCUGGGCAGGAUGGAGCCCGAGCCACACCUGCGCACCGCUGUGGACUGGAGCGAGGGGGCGGUGUACGGGGAGCACAUGUGGUUUGAGACCAACAUGUCCGGAGACUACUGCUACGUGGGAGAGCAGGACUGCGUGGCCCGAGCACUGCAGAAAUCAUCAAGUCGAAGAAAGUGCGCGGCCUGUAAGAUCAUAGCUCACACCGUCUGCAUCGAACAGUUAGAGAAGUUCCCUGCUUCCAGAGCCAUGCUGUUGGAUUCCAUUCUCCCACUCAAUGACCCCAGUUUUAGAAUUAAUUUCAGGUGCAAACCAUCUUUCCGUGAAGGAGGGCCUCGGAAUCACAGAGAGCCUCUGGUCGUUCGCCAUCACUGGGUCCAUCGCAGGAGACAGGAUGGCAAAUGCAAACAGUGUGGGAAGGGUUUCCAGCAAAAAUUCACCUUCACCCACAGUAAAGACAUCGUGGCCAUCAGCUGCUCCUGGUGCAAGCAGGCUUACCACAAUAAAGUCUCCUGCUUCAUGCUCCAGCACAUAGAGGAGCCCUGUCCAAUAGGAGCCCACGCUGCGCUCAUAGUCCCGCCCACCUGGGUAGUUCGAGUCCGCCGGCACCAGUCGUCGGUGAAAAACAAUAAGAAGAACAAGCGAGCGUCGUUUAAAAGGAGGAGCAGUAAGAGAACGUCCGAGGAGGGCCGACCGUGGAAGCCAUUUCUGAUCCGACCUGUACCUGCUCCUCUGAUGAAACCUCUGCUAGUUUUUGUCAACCCAAAGAGUGGAGGAAAUCAGGGCACAAAGAUCAUGCAGUCGUUGAUGUGGUACCUGAAUCCUAGACAGGUGUUCGACCUCAGCAAUGGAGGGCCCAAAGAGGGGCUGGAGUUGUACCGUAAAGUGCCAAACCUGAGGAUCCUGGCCUGUGGAGGUGAUGGCACAGUUGGCUGGAUCCUGUCAUGUCUUGAAGACCUCUCGUUCAACCCUCAGCCCCCUGUCGCUGUGUUACCCUUAGGGACCGGGAACGACCUGGCCCGGACCCUCAACUGGGGCGCGGGCUACACGGAUGAGCCUCUGUCUAAGAUCCUGUCCCAUGUGGAGGAUGGGGACGCUGUGCUGUUAGACCGAUGGAACCUGUGCGUCGAGCCCAACCACAGCGCCCCCGCAGACUCGGACGAGCAACAGACCGAUAAGCUCCCAUUAGAUGUCUUCAACAACUACUUCAGUCUUGGUUUCGAUGCCCAUGUCACAUUGGGUUUCCACGAGUCCAGAGAAGCAAAUCCUGAGAAGUUCAACAGCCGCUUCAAGAACAAGAUGUUUUAUGCUGGGACCGCCUUCUCCGACUUUCUAUCUGGAAGCUCCAAGGAUCUAUCCAAGCACAUCCAAGUGGUGUGCGAUGGAACCGAUCUGACAGCCAAAGUGCAGGAACUGAAGCUACAAUGUUUGGUCUUCCUCAACAUCCCCAGAUACUGCGCUGGGACGACCCCUUGGGGGAACCCCGGGGAGCACCAUGACUUUGAGCCUCAGAGACAUGACGAUGGGUACAUAGAAGUGAUCGGCUUCACCAUGACAUCACUGGCGGCGCUCCAGGUGGGGGGGCAUGGAGAGAGACUGCACCAGUGUCAACAAGUCACACUCACCACCAACAAGGCUCUGCCCGUUCAGGUGGACGGUGAGCCAUGCAAACUGUGCCCAUCUGUCAUUCACAUCAGCCUGAGGAACCAGGCCAACAUGCUUCAGAAAACCAAGAAACGCACCUCAGCACUACACCUCAAUGACCAGCAGGCCGUCCCGGAGCGUCUGAGGAUCCGGGUGAAUCGGGUGGGGAUGGCGGACUACGAGGCGCUGCACUAUGACAAAGACGGACUGCGACAGGCUUCCAUCCCCCUGGGACUGAUCGUGGUGCCCGGUGACAGCGACUUGGAGACGUGCCGAGAACACAUCCAGCGCCUGCAGGAGGAAGAAGCCAAGACUGUCUCCUUGCAGCGCCUAUCUCCAAAGUGGUGUUUCCUUGACUCAACGACUGCCGACCGCUUUUACCGGAUAGAUCGAGCUCAGGAGCACCUGAACUACAUCCUGGAGCUCUCUCACGAGGAGAUCUUCAUCCUGGACCCAGAGCUGGUUGUCAUGGCAACGGUGGGCACGGAUCCGUCAGACACGCUUGACCCGGCCGACUCGGGGUGCAGCAUACCAAAGCAGAGGAACCAAGACGACGAGGAGAGGGGGAGCGAGGAGAACGACGAUACUCGAAAAGAAAUAUUUGAUUGUGUAAAGAAAAUGGAUUUGAAAAAACUUCAGGAAUUGCACUCAAAAGGGGCGGACCUCACUGUACUGGACCAAUCAGGAUGCAGUAUCUUGCACCAUGCUGUCAGUACAGGAAGUAAAGAGAUGGUCAGCUAUGUUAUGAAAAAUGCUCCAAGCCUACUGGAUGUGGCAGAUACACUACUAAGAGAGACGGCCCUGCACCGCGCCGCAGGCCUGGGUCAGCGCACCAUCUGUGGGUACCUAGUGGACGCGGGGGCGGAGCUUAUGAAGGUGGAUGCACAGGGGGACACUGCAAAGAACCGUGCAGAGAAGGCUAAAGACCCAGAGCUAGCGGCCUGGUUGGACAACAAACAGCAUUCGCAGAUGAUCCAGAGGGAAGACCAGGAAACUGCGGUUUGAAUCUGUCUGAACCGAUCUGAACUGGUCUGAACCGGUCUGAACCAGUUUGAAGCUGAAUCAGCUGGUACAAACUGGAUUGAACUGGACUCAAGUGUUAUGAACUACAAAAAACCUGCUGUCUGAACUGGAUCUAGCCAGCCUGAACUGGACUCAACUGGUCCAAACUGGUCUAAACAGGAAGUGGCUAGAACAAACUGCUAUCUAAACUGGAUCAUCUAGUCUGAACGGGCAUUUACUGGACUAAACUGGUCUGAACCGGAUUGUGCUGCUGUGUGAGCUAGAAGAAACUGGUCUAAACUAGUCUAAACAGGUCUGAACUGGUCUGAACCAGAUUGUGCUGCUGUGUGAACUAGUAUUAACUGGUCUAAACUAGAAUUUACUGGAAUGAAAUGUGGACAAAACCAGGAUAAGUAGACUAAACCGGGACUAAACCAAUAAAACCAUACAGAGACUGAACAUUAUAUUGAAUCCGUUAAAUGUAACUAUGACUAUUUUAAAAUGUGACCAAAUGUUGAGACUUGAUUUUAGAUCUAGAAUAAUGACACUGCAUGCUUACUUCUGUACCACAAUGUUAUUUUGCUAUAAAAGUAUAUGUUUAAAAGUACAAACUAACUAAUCUAGACCAAGAAAAUAUCUAGUUUUGCUUAAAAAUGCCCAGAAGUGCUCUUAUCUGAGGAAAGAGAAUUUGAUCAUGAUUUCUACACAUAUUCACCCUUCAU